AUGAAAAAAAGAAAUUUGGUUGAAUUUUUUAUAUACCUUUUUGAAUUUUUGUUCUGUCUAGCUAAAUUAAACAAAUACCAAAAUGUAAUAGAAGACAUUUUUCAUAAAAAAAAUGUAAGAAAUACUAAUGACAGUUUUACAAAUAUAUGCCUAAAAGUUAGUUAUGGUUUAAUUUACUACGAAGAUUUAUUAAAAAAUUACAAAUAUGAUAAUAAAUGUUUAAAAUAUAAUAAAAUUGGCAAUUAUGUUUUAGAAAAACACAACAUGAGUAAUUAUAAUUGUUAUAAAAAAAUUCAAAAGCCUUUAUGCAAACUAAAUUAUAUAAAUAUAGAAAAUCAAAUAAUAGAAGAUAAUAAUAUAAAUAAUGAUAAUAGUGUGAAAGAAAGUGCAGAAGAAAAAAAUAGCAAAGCUAAUACGAAUAUGUUUGACGAACAAGAAAAACACAUUGCAAAUGGAGAUAACAUAUAUAACUCAAAAAUAAAAAAAUGUUACAAAACAAAAAAUUUUUUUAUUUCUUUAAUAAAAAGAUGCAUUGAAAAGGGGGAUAAAGACCCCUUAGUUCAUUGUGCAUCGUUAAAUUUUGAAAAAAAAAUUAUUUUAGAUCCAAAACUUUUUUGUGAAAGUUCUUAUGAAAGAAAAGGAAUAGAAGAAAAAGAAAUAAGAAAAUCUAUAUAUAAUGAUAUUUAUAAAAAAGCUGUAAUUAAAACAUUUAAUUUUAAAAAUGAAGAAACUAAUGAUUGUAUAAAUAUAGUUAAUAUAUUUAAUAACUGUUCUAUAGUUGAACGAAAUAUAUUUGGUACAACUAUUGAUUCUUGCAUAUUAGAGAGAAGCAAAAAUUUUUGUCAUAAAACAAUUGAAGAAAUGCAUAAUAAAAAUUACAUAUAUACAUGUUCAGAUAUUAUAUUACCAUAUUUAUUAAGCUCAAAAGAGGAAAAUAAAUCAUAUAAUAAUUUAUGUCAUAAUUUUAAUAACUAUUUAAACAUUCUGAAAGAAAAAAAAAAUUUUUAUUUAAAAGAAAAAAGAAAGUUGGAAGAAAAGGUAAAAACUAUUAGAAUAACUCAAAAAUUAUAUAAAAUGAUAGAAGAUAUAUUUCAAUUAUUAAAAGAAGAAACACAGAAAAAUAGCUUAGUAAUUGAUAAUUUAUUCCACAAUUUAGAAAAGUUAGAAAAUCAAAGAUUGUUUAAUGAAGAAUAUAUACUAAAAUUAAAUAAAGUCCAUGAAAAAUUACAAGAGUCGGAAAAUUUAAUAAUUAAAUCUGGAUACCCUGUAUUAAAUAAAAAUUCUAUAGAAGAAAAUAUUUCCUUAUUUAAGGAAAUAAAAGCUAAUGUAGAAAAGUUAAGAAAAUUACAAAUGGAUAUAGGUACAUAUUCGAAACUUAUCAUUGAAUAUAUUAAUAAAAAGAAAAAUGAAAAAUUAAAUGAUAAGGAUAUUAAUGAGAUAAAUCUUGAUGAACUAAAAAAACUUAAAAAGAAAUAUGAUAACAUUAAAAAUUUUAUUGAAAAUUAUUCAAAAAAAAAUAAUAAUUCAAUCUAUGAAUAUCAAAAUUCCUAUGAAAAAGAUUUCAUUGAAGAUUCUAAAAAUUUUAAUAAUUUAGUUGAAAUAUAUACAGAUCAAAUUUAUUUAUUAAUUAAAAAUAAUAUUAAAUAA